AUGUCUUCGUCACGUCCAAGCGGUGGUCGAAAUUUCACGGACGCAGAGUUGGCCAGAUAUCUGAACUAUGAUGGUGUCACUAGUGAUAGCGAUGGAGAAACUGAGGGGAGUGAAACUGAGGAUUAUUUGGAGGUUGAGGAUUCUGAACAAACUGAUGAAGACGACGAGCCAAUGGAGCAGAUUACAAAGGAGGUGGAGACUUUUGAAGUCAGCACAAAAAAAAAACAAAAAGUGGGAUCUCAUACUUAUCUACAAGCAGUGGAGUUGAGAAGUUAUGACUCAUCGCACAGCAUGAGAUAUACGCAGUUGAAACAACUUUAUCUUCGCACAGCAUUUACGGACGGGAAUCGAGCGCUGAGUGAGCACACCUUCUCACAUGCUUCGAUUCGCGGACCGUUAGGGUAA